GAGCUCGGUGCGGGCACGGCGGGCUGCCCGCGGCCGCUCCCCGCACCGCUCGGGGCCGCUGCGGGUCCCGGCGGGGCCCGGCAUGGCGGGGCGCUGAUCGGGGGGGCAGCGCCCAUGGCUCGGGGGCGCCGGGCCCCGCCGCUGCUCCCGCGGCUGCACGGUUUGCGGUACAUGUGCCCGGGGCGGGCGGUGGGGCCGCGGCGGGCUCUGUGGGUUCUGGCUUUUUGUACCGCCCUGGGUUUGCUGCUCUCCUGGUCCUCCAACCGCCUGCUGCACUGGCUCUCCUUCCCCUCGCACACCCAGGUGCGCACCGAGUGGAGCCGGCAGCUGCUUUUCCCCGCCGUCACCCUCUGCAACAACAACCCGCUCCGCUUCCCCCGCCUCUCCAAGGGGGAUCUGUACUACGCGGGGCACUGGCUGGGGCUGCUGCUGCCCAACCGCACCGCCCGCCCGCUGCUCACCGAGCUGCUGCGGGGAGACGAGGCCAGGCUCCGCUGGUUCGCCAAACUGGCCGAUUUUCGCCUCUUUUUACCCCCCCGCCACUACGAAGGCAUCAGCGCCGACUUCAUGGACCGCCUGGGCCACCAGCUGGAGGACAUGCUGCUCUCCUGCAAGUACCGCGGCGAGCUCUGCGGGCCCCACAACUUCUCCGCGGUGUUUACAAAAUAUGGGAAAUGCUACAUGUUUAACUCAGGAGAAGAAGGAAGGCCUCUUCUUACCACGGUUAAGGGUGGGACAGGCAAUGGACUGGAAAUCAUGCUGGACAUACAGCAGGAUGAAUAUUUGCCAAUAUGGGGAGAAACAGAGGAGACAACAUUUGAGGCUGGAGUCAAGGUCCAGAUCCACAGCCAGUCCGAGCCACCCUUCGUCCAGGAGUUGGGCUUCGGGGUGGCCCCUGGAUUCCAGACCUUUGUGGCCACCCAGGAGCAAAGGCUGACCUACCUGCCCCCCCCCUGGGGCGAAUGCCGCUCGCCGGACAUGGGCUUAGACUUCUUUCCCGUUUACAGCGUCACGGCCUGCAGGAUCGACUGCGAGACCCGCUACAUCGUGGAGAACUGCAACUGCAAAAUGGUCCACAUGCCGGGGGAUGCUCCCUUCUGCACCCCGGAGCAGUACAAGGAGUGUGCAGAGCCUGCACUUGGUUUGCUUGCUGAAAAGGACAGCAAUUACUGUAUCUGCAGGACACCUUGUAACCUGACCAGGUACAACAAAGAGCUCUCCAUGGUCAAGAUCCCCAGCAAGACCUCAGCCAAAUACCUGGAGAAGAAGUUCAACAAGUCAGAAAAAUAUAUCUCAGAGAAUAUUCUUGUGCUGGACAUAUUUUUUGAAGCACUCAACUACGAGACAAUUGAGCAGAAGAAAGCCUAUGAAGUGGCAGCCUUACUUGGUGACAUUGGAGGCCAGAUGGGGCUCUUCAUCGGUGCUAGCAUCCUCACUAUCCUUGAGCUCUUUGAUUAUAUCUAUGAGCUGAUCAAGGAGAAAUUACUCGACCUGCUCGGCAAGGAGGAGGAGGAAGGGAGCCAUGAUGAAAACGUGAGCACUUGUGACCCCCUGCCCAACCAUUCGGAAACCAUCAGCCACACUGUGACCGUGCCACUGCAGGCCACCCUGGGGACGCUGGAGGAGAUCGCCUGCUGACACCAUCCCACCAGUCCCCAGGGCCAGCACCCCAGGAAGGAAAACUGCACAGGAAAGCAGGGACCCAGCUCAGUCUCUGAUUUUCACUACCAGAAGGAACUCCCAGGCCCAGCCACCCCCUGAAACCACCAUUACUAACGUCGUAGGCUGAGUUAGAAUAAAGAGAACAAAAAGUCGCAGCUCUCGGAUUCUUCCUCCCUUCUUGUCCUUCGUGUCAGUCUGUGAUGAGUCUUAAGCUGAGCCGGGUCCCCCAAGGCCACCAGCACCCCGAGGUGAGCAUCCCUGGAGAGGGGCUGGACUGGGGGGCUCUUGGUGGAUCAUCUCCCACCCCCCCACCCCCCCAUCUGCUGUGUCCUGCUGCUCCAGCC